AUGAAUGCUCAGAGUGAUAAGGAGCUGUUUGAAUUUCUGGCCAAUGCUCCAAAGGAAUUCCGGGAUGGCGAAAGAAUCAAGAAGUUUCAGUUAAAAAAUGGGGAUUACAUUCAUUGUGUAUUAUGGAAUAUGCAUUUUUUUAUCACGGGGACGGAUAUAGUAAAAAUAUUGGUAUGGAGAUUCCAAAAUGCUGGAAGAUGUCUCACCAGUUUGAAAAAAUUUGAGGAGGGGGUGUUCUCAGAUUUGAGAAAUUUGAAGCCAGGAAUAGAUGCAACGCUUGAGGGCCCUAGGAGUGAGUUUCUGGAGUUCCUGUAUAAGAAUGGAUGUAUAAGGACCCAAAAGAAACAGAAGGUCUUCUACUGGUACAGCGUUCCGCAUGAUGCUUUGUUUUGUGAUGCACUGGAGAGAGACCUGAGGAGAGAAACAAAUUUGUUUACAUACAACAAGUACAUCAACAAUCUUACAAGAAAUAGCAUGCUACCCCAUGGAAUGGUCGGAUUUGUAAGCCAUACACGGCAGAACAGCAAAAGAAUGGGGGCAGAAGUAAAUCCGCGAUAUUUAAGGGGCAUAGAAAAUAAGGUUCUACCAAUGGGGAUGGUGUACGGUCAAGGGGGGCCCAUGCCACAGCAGGACAUACUUCUCGAUCAGCAGCCUCAUAAGAGGACAUCUACCGUUCUACCCCAGCAGAAAUCCCCGAGUAUAUAUGAUAAGCAAUUUGAGGAAAUACAGAAAAACGGAUUCCUGAAUCAGGCCUUUCCUGCAUUCAACAUCAAAGAUAAGCUAUUUUCCUCUGGAGACCAACAAUUAGAGUAUGAUCUCCACAGGACAGAUGGUUUAUUUUGUAAUGACUUAUUCAGCACGGCAAUAAUUGAAAAGCCCUCGCCCAAUCCGGAUAUAAGCUCUGCCAAACAGAAUAAGGACUACAGUACGGCACCUUCUUCGUUUCUUGAAGAUCUUCCUGACGGAUUCUCUCUCGACGACUUCGAUUUUCUUAAGAGCCGUACAGAAAAGAGAGGUAGCGACUGUGAAGUCCGUCAGAGCUCUCUUAAGGAAGGAGCCAAUCAAAGAAUUCCCCAUGACGGCGUCACAUUGAUCCCGAAUGCAAAAGGCAACCUCCAAAAAUAG